ACCGACGCGUUUUGUAUUUCGUCGGCACUUUCUCCUCCCGUGUGUGUUGAUUUGAUUCGCCAAACAACUCGAUAACGGGAUAUAUAUAUAUAUAUAUAGAUAUAUAUAUAUAAUAAGAAAUCUUAGUUCCUAAUUAACUUGAUUCCUCUCUAUAAAUACCACAUCACAAUCUCACUGUUCUUGAAUCUUUCCUUGGAUUUGUCUGUUUUAGGGUGUGAUAUUCUUUUUCCUGAUUCAAUCAUGUCCAUGCUCGAUUCCUUCUUCAAUAAGGGUUUCAAAGCUGCUAAAUGCAAAACCCUGUUAAAAUUGACAAUUCCGCGAAUCAAACUACUGAGGAACAGGAGGGAGCUUCAGAUAAAGCAGAUGCGCCGAGACAUUGCUAAGCUUCUUGAGACUGGUCAAGAGGCUACUGCUCGAAUUCGGGUGGAGCAUAUUAUAAGAGAAGAGAAUAUGAUGGCUGCACAAGAGAUGCUUGAGCUGUUCUGUGAGCUCAUUGCUGUCCGGCUUCCUAUUAUUGAGACGCAAAGGGAAUGUCCUCUGGACUUAAAAGAAGCAGUAUCUACCAUCUGUUUCGCUGCACCGAGAUGUGCUGAUCUACCUGAGUUGCUGCAGGUUCAAAUGAUGUUCGCUUCAAAAUAUGGGAAAGAAUUUGUUUCAGCUACUACUGAGCUGAGGCCAGACUGUGGUGUUAAUCGUCAGGUUAUAGAAUUAUUGUCCAUACGUGCUCCUUCACCUGAAGCAAAGUUGAAGCUUCUGAAAGAAAUUGCUGAAGAGCAUGAAUUGGAUUGGGAUCCUGCAGCUUCUGAAACUGAGUUUCUCAAACCACAUGAAGAUUUAUUGAAUGGACCAACACAAUUUGUCAGUGGGUCUAAGUUGCCUCUUCCGGAAGAGAAACACAAUGAAACAUUGAAGUGUACUGCUGAUCAAGUCAACAAUGAAGAGGAUGAUUCUGAUUCAGCCUUUGACUCAUUAGAUUUUCCUGAGGUUCCUACAGUGAUAUUGAGGCCCACUGCAAAUGUUGCUUCAGCUCCCACAGCCAGCCCACCUGCACCAGCUGCUUCAGACCCUGAAAUUGAUCACACAUUAGCAGAACAUUCUGGGGCUACUGAAAAUAUGCCACAAGUGCCACAUGUGGAACCUGAGGCAGUGAAACAGGAAAGAUCAAUUGUGAAUGAAGAGGAAAUAUCUGAUGAUUUAGUUGGUUGCAAGGGAGAUAAACAGUUUCUUCCAUUCAUUUCUCCUCCAUCUCUAUCUACUGCAUCAACUUCUGCGAGACGGAGUGAUUCACCACCUGCUGUCUCAAGGACAAAAAGUGAUGCCAAUAUAGACUUGCAGGAUGUUUUAGCCGCUGCUCAGACAGCUGCUGAAACUGCUGAGCGUGCUGCUGCAGCAGCUCGCUCAGCAGCUAGUCUUGCACAGGUCAGAAUUGCUGAACUCACCCAGAAAAAGAAUGACCAGGACACUGAUGACAGUAGCUAUGAGGAGAACCCAUUUCACGCAGAUAUUCCUGAUCAGCAAGCUAGUGCAGAAAAGCCAAACUUUGAUUAUCAGAACUGUUUUAGCAAUCCCGAUGAGGUUUUAUAUUCUCCAGAUUCUCAUCAGGUUCAUCAACACCACCAAGAACCAGAGUUGUCAAAUCUUCCCUCAUUUGAUAAACUCAAUUUGGGUUUUAACUCUUUUAAGUCCAAUGAUCAUGCUUUUGAAGAAGACCAUGCCCAUCACCAGCCACAGAGAUUACCUUCAUUGGACGAUGAGCCAUAUUUUGCGUACCCAAGUCUGUUUACAUCACAGAAGUCAAACCUUGGAUCUGAUUCUUUUUCAGAUAAUUCCGAGCCCCAUACAACCCGUUAGCUUGAAGGUUGCAUUCCCAUUUCCUUUUUCAUCUUUAGUUCUUUAUGCGAGUAUAUUUGAAGCCAACACCAGUUUCUAUAAGCGGUCUCCAUCUUUAUUAAAUUUGUAAAGAAAUGUUUUCCGUUUUCUGCUUUGGCUGAAUAAGGAGGUUGUUGGAGUUGCAUGUAUUAUGGAUGUCACGUGUCUAUCCAGCCCCUAGGUAAUACAGCAUGAAGAAUUCAAAUAUUCUAUAGAUAGCUUCUCAUUGAGUGUUGAUGAGUCCCUGUGAGCUGCUGAAAAUAAACCAUGUUGUUUAUGGAAUGUAAGGCACUACUUUUUCACUACUUUAAAUGACAUGCUUUGGAUAUGAAAAAAGGGGUUUUUUUUUUUUUAGUUUGAAUUAUGUAUUAUAAGUGUAGUCUUAAAAUUGAAAUUACGAAGGAAUCCAGCACUGCACUUUUAUUUUGC